UUCACUUUGACCCACUCGCGUUUCCAGAAACCUAUGACCAACCAUUAUCAUCGCAUUACAAAACAUAUAUAUACUCUUCCCAACUUGUCUCCUUCAUUAUUAUGAAGACAGUCAAAGAUUUCUCAUAGUUUCAUUUUUAAUUUAUAUCCUUCUCUUGUUAUGGGACUUUCGUUGAGAAUGAGACGGCGAGGGGGAACCAAGAAGGACAUAUUAACUCCGGCGAUUACUACCUCGGGGAAGGAGGAGGAGAUAGUGAUUCCGUCGCAGUUUCAGUGCCCGAUAUCGUACGAUUUAAUGAAAGAUCCUGUGAUUAUCGCCUCCGGGAUCACCUACGACCGCGAAAACAUCGAGAAAUGGUUCGAGUCAGGUAACCAAACGUGUCCGGUGACUAACACGGUUCUAGCCACUUUGGACCAGACACCGAACCACGCGAUUCGGAGGAUGAUUCAAGAAUGGUGCGUCGCUAAAGGGUCAUCGUUAGAUCGUGUCCCGACGCCACGUGUCCCCGUCACGGGCCAUCAAGCGAUCGAGAUUUGUGGGAAGUUAUUGUCUGCGACGCGGCGUGGAGAUCACGUGGUGUGUGUGGAGAUGGUCGAGAAGAUGAAGAGGUUAGGGCAAGAGAGUGAGAGGAACAAGAAAUGUUUUAAAGCGAACGGCGUCGGAUUGGUUCUUUGCGUUUGUUUCGACGCGUUUUCUGAAAACGAGAGCGCGUCAGGGUUGUUGGAGGGUGUUUUGCUUUUGCUGACGUGGAUGUUUCCGAUUGGGUCAGAAGGUCAAUCGAACUUAACUUCAACGACGUCGUUUACUCGUUUAGUGGGGUUUAUGAAAAGCGGUGAUCAAAACGCUGCGUUUUUGGUGAAGGAGCUUUUAUCUCUUGACGAAGCAAACGUUCACAAGUUAGCCGCGAUUAACGGCGUUUUCGACGCGUUGGUGAAGUCGAUUCGCGAUUCGUCGUCCCUGACUUCGAUCUUCCACAUGAUCUCUGCUAAACCAGAGACUACGUCGAGAUUUAUGGAACUUGGUCUGGUUAAUUCAACGGUGGAGAUGCUUGUUGACUCAGAGAAUAGCGUUUGCGAGAAAGCGUUACUGGUUCUAGACGCGAUUUGUGAAAGCAACGAAGGGAGGACGAUAGUGAGAGGAAACGAACUAGUGAUGCCGAUUCUGGUGAAGAAGGUUUUGAAGAUUUCAGAGUCUGCGAAGAAGGAUUUGGUUUCCGUGAUGUGGAAGAUUUGCAAAACUGGAGAUGGGACUGAGGUUGAAGAAGCGUUGCGAUUAGGUGCAUUUAAGAAGCUUGUUGUGAUGUUACAAGUUGGAUGUGGAGAAGGGACGAAGGAGAAAGUUACAGAGUUGUUGAAGAUGAUGAAUAGACAUAUGAAGAUUAAUGGAUUUGUUGAUGUUUCUGAUUCUUCGAUUGAAUUUAAGCAUUUAAAGAGGUCAUCUUAAUUCAAAGAAAUUGCUUAUAUUUUGUUAAUAAGUUGAAACAACAUUUGUUUUCUAAAUCAUAGACAAUUUUGAUUC